AAACGUAAAAUAUUGUAAUACUUGGUGUCCAGAUUGCGCACAUAGUAGACCUCUUAUUCUUGAAGAAGCUAAACAAAUCGCACAUAGCAGGAAUGUUGGUGCCUAUAUUGUGCGGGUACAAAAACGUCUCACUCUUGAAGAAGCUAAACAAAUUGCACAUAGCAGGAAUGGCGAGUGUCUUUCUGAGAUAUUUGUUAAUAUUCGUUCACCCUUAUUGUGGAAAUGUGCUAAAGGACAUAAAUGGCAUUCAACACUUAAAAUCGUUAAAAAUAGUAACUCUUGGUGUCCAUUUCCUGAUAAAAAUUGCUGGCCAGGUUUUUUGAAAACAUCAAAAUAUCCAACAGGUUUAGAACUCGAUAUUCCUUAUUACCAUUAUGGAUUUGCUAUUGAAGUGCAAGGAGAACAACACGAAAAAUAUAACGAAUUCUUCCAUAAAGGAGAUCCCAAUAAUUUUAUUAAACAGAAGGAGCGGGAUCAACUCAAGAAAGAAUUGUGCGAAGAAAACUGGAUUGUUUUAAGAAAGCACCUUCGUGAAAAUUAUAAUCAUAUGUGCAUUUUUAUUACAUUACUUAAUUAG